AUGGUUCUCGAGGCAAUCUACGUCGUGCGGCAUGGGUACCGCUCCAACUGGUCCGUCGACCCUUCGACAGGUACAUACUCCUCGAACAUCCCAUCACCAACCGGAAUCGUUGCGGAUCCCGCGCUUUCUGGCUAUGGAGUCAAGCAGGCUGAGCAACUGGGCGAGCAUCUCCUGGCUCUCGAUCCACCUGUCGACCUGAUCUACAGCUCGCCCUUCUACCGCUGCCUGCAAACUCUGAAACCCUUCACGACCGCUCUGGCCGCCCGCAAGCCCAUCCGCAUCAACAUCGAGCCUGGCGUGGGCGAGUUCUAUGGCCUCGCACGUUUCGACCAUCCCUCCCCCGCGGACAAGACCGAGCUCGACCGGCAUUUCGAUCAUCUGCACGCCUCAGUCCCUCCAUCCAUCGUUCCGAGUACGAAGGGCGAGAGCAUUCCUCAGCUACACGAUCGUGUAGCUUAUGCUCUCAAGCAACUCGUCGAGCAAGCUGACAAGGAUCCCAAUGGACCCAAGACUCUGCUCAUCUGCACUCACGCCGCGGUCAUGAUCGCCAUCGGCAGGGUGCUCACCGGACGGAUGCCAGAGGACGAGGGCGAGGACGACUUCAAUUGCUUUACCUGCAGCUUCAGUAAGUACGUGCGGCGGAAGAAGGGCGAGGCCUUGACGAACGGAGUGCACGCCCCUGUCACUUGGAGCGCCGACAAGCCAGAUGACGUACCUGACGUCGACUGGCGGAAUGGCAACGGCGUAGCUGGCGGUUGGGACUGCGUGGUCAACGGCGAUUGUUCAUUUCUCGAUGGUGGCGAGGAGAGAGGAUGGUAA